AGUGAUAGAAGCUGCUCCCGAGGAGCCACUGAUAGUAUGCUGUGAGCAGUUAGUGCGGGUCAUUAGCACGGGUUUCGUUGCCCCGGGCAGUUCUCUGGGGCAGCUCGGCCAUUCCUGCACCGUCUCAGUUUGCAAAGAGAAACAGAGUGCGAGGGUACUGGUAGCGCCAUGUAGAUGACGGCGGCACUGAGAUGUGUCAGUGGGGACCACGCCUUGCUCUCACUGGCGGCCAUGUUGCAAUCUCACUGCUGAAAAUUGCACCGCUUCAUCAUCAACAGCGGAGAAAUUCGAGAAGGACACUUUGUUUGGGGGGGUUUUCUCACGUGACCUUUAAAGAGGUCUGUUUUUACGCCCAGAAAAUCGAGUGAUUGGGUCGUUUUGUGUUAGUGUGCUGUUAACCAGGACAGACAAAAUGCCGAAGCCGAUCAAUGUACGUGUCACUACCAUGGAUGCCGAGCUAGAGUUUGCCAUCCAGCCAAAUACAACUGGCAAGCAGCUCUUUGAUCAGGUUGUAAAGACUGUUGGCCUACGAGAAGUAUGGUUCUUUGGCCUACAGUAUAUAGACAGCAAAGGAUACACCACAUGGCUGAAGCUAAACAAAAAGGUUACUCAGCAGGAUGUGCGAAAAGAGAAUCCACUACAAUUUAAAUUUCGGGCAAAGUUCUUCCCAGAAGAUGUGUCUGAGGAGCUGAUCCAGGAGAUAACGCAACGUUUAUUCUUCUUGCAAGUGAAGGAGGGCAUUCUUAAUGACGAAAUCUAUUGUCCACCAGAAACUGCUGUCCUACUUGCUUCAUAUGCUGUGCAAGCUAAAUAUGGAGAUUUCAACAAAGAGGUCCAUAAAUCAGGUUAUCUAGCCAGUGAUCGACUUCUUCCCCAACGUGUCUUAGAACAGCAUAAGUUGACGAAAGAACAGUGGGAAGAUAGGAUACAGACUUGGCAUGAAGAACAUCGAGGAAUGCUGAGGGAGGAUUCAAUGAUGGAAUACCUCAAGAUUGCUCAAGAUCUUGAAAUGUAUGGUGUUAAUUACUUCGAAAUCAAGAACAAAAAGGGAACAGAGUUAUGGCUGGGUGUCGAUGCUCUUGGACUUAACAUUUAUGAACAUGAUGAUAAAUUAACACCCAAAAUUGGGUUUCCUUGGAGUGAAAUAAGAAACAUCUCCUUUAAUGACAAAAAAUUUGUCAUAAAACCUAUUGAUAAGAAAGCUCCAGAUUUUGUAUUUUAUGCUCCACGUCUGCGAAUCAACAAACGAAUUCUAGCACUUUGUAUGGGAAAUCAUGAACUCUAUAUGCGAAGGAGAAAACCUGACACUAUUGAAGUACAACAAAUGAAGGCGCAGGCCAGAGAAGAGAAACAUCAGAAACAAUUAGAAAGGGCACAACUGGAAAAUGAAAAGAAGAAGAGAGAAAUGGCAGAAAAAGAAAAAGAAAGGAUAGAACAAGAGAAGGAAGAGCUUAUGGAAAGACUUAGGCAAAUUGAAGAACAGACAGCAAAGGCUCAAAAAGAGUUAGAAGAUCAAACACGUAGAGCUUUAGAACUUGAGCAAGAAAGGAAAAGAGCAAAAGAAGAGGCUGAGAGACUAGAAAAAGAGCGCCGCAGUGCAGAAGAAGCAAAAGCUGCCUUGGCCAAACAAGCUGAAGAUCAAAUGAAGAAUCAAGAGCAUUUGGCAGCUGAACUUGCUGAAUUUACAGCCAAAAUUGCACUUCUGGAGGAUGCCAAGAAGAAGAAGGAAGCGGAGGCCACUGAAUGGCAGCAGAAAGCUGUCACAGCCCAGGAAGAUUUGGAAAAAACUAAGGAGGAAUUGAAAAUUGUGAUGACAGCUCCUCCUCCUCCACCUCCUCCAAUUAUUCCUCAAGCUGAGAAUGAGCAUGAUGAUGAGCAAGAUGAAAACAAUGCUGAAGCCAGUGCUGAACUCUUGUCAGAAGGAAUUGUAAACCAUCGCAGUGAGGAAGAACGCAUUACUGAAACACAGAAGAAUGAGCGUGUAAAGAAGCAACUGCAGGCAUUAAGUUCAGAAUUGGCCCAUGCCCGCGAUGAGACGAAGAAAACCAUAAACGAUGUCAUCCAUGCUGAAAAUGUUAAGGCAGGCCGUGACAAAUACAAGACCCUUCGACAGAUACGGCAAGGCAAUACCAAACAGCGAAUUGAUGAGUUUGAAGCUAUGUGAAAGUGCAGUUACUUUAUGUUAUGUUCUUUUAAAACAGCUGAACCAACAGCAGAGGAACAAGCAGCACUGUACUGCUAAUAAAGAGUAGUGUUUCACCUUGCCAAAGUAUUGUAUCAGUUAUAUCUGUGUAAGAGUUGGGUGUAAAUUUCUAAGGCAGUUGGUAAAUGCCCUUUAAGCAUUUUACAGUAAAACAAUUAACAACUUAGCUGGAACGAUUCAGGAAAUAGACUGAUUUUUUUUUUGAACAGGUAUGUUUAAUUUCAAUGAAAUGCAUGUAUGAAGUUUGGUUUGGUCUGUGCAGCUUGCCAUUAGAGAUGUAUGAAGUUAAUAUAGAACAAUUGAUACUUUUGUGAGGGCUUAAGCAAACUGCCUUAAAUUGAGGGGAGUCUGCAAAAUUCACAUCUAAAUUUCAGUAAUUGAGAUGUAGUAACUGAAUAGUGUUGUCAGGUUGAACAUCUUUAUCUUAAGGUUGGUGUUUCAUGUCCUAUCAUCAUAGAUGGUUUUCUUUGCCUACCUGUUCACAAAGACUUGUUCAACAGAUAGCAGUCCAGCUAGGAAGUAGGAUUUGCUAUUUGCUCAAGACACAGUAAGCAGUGCAUUGGCAUUAGGUUUUCUGUGUCUGAAUAGACGAAAUUGAAAUGCAACAUAAAAUAGUGAACAACUUUUAAUAUCAGGCCUUUCUGGCAGGGGAGCAUAUGAAAACAUCAGUCCCAAGGAGGGGACAGUAUACUACCUCAAUAUUAUACACAUGAUGAAUGGCCAGUCAAACACCCUCUCCAAGGCUGAAUUUUCUGCCAGAUAUCAAUUGAGAUUUUUUUAAAAAAAUCUUGCAUCCUUGCUGCUUUGGCACCUUUCUUUCCUUAAAAUUCUGAAUUGUUAGUAAUAUUGCAAUACUUGUGUUGAUCAGACCACUCAAUGUUGUAUAUGUAAAAUGACGGCACAUAGGUUUUUGUAUUACACUUAAUAUGUCUGUUGCUGGUACCCAGAUGGUGGGUUUUUUUUCUGCUUGCAGGAGAAUGAGUGAAUGUAUGUGUGCAAAUUUUGGGUGAAUGGUGCUUCUUGAGAUGAGAAGAUGAGGUACUGAGGUAACUUGCAUUAUUAAAUCCAAGCGUUUUAUGUGGCAAAUUCCAAUAGGAAGAACAGUGCAUGUUGUCUUGACAGUUGGCUGUCUGUGAAGCUUGCCACAUUUCUUGAGCUAAAACAUUUGAUCAAGUCAUUGAAGAUUUACUGUAAUAACUUAGAUUUUGUGCCCUUGCUUCCUCUGUACUUGGUUCAGCUAAAUUCCCAUUGGUAUUAUGCACUCAUAAAUCAGCAUUUAUUAUCUGUAAUGAUGGUUUAUUGAAAUUGCCAUUUAUAGUUGAACAUUUAAUAUGCCUAGUAGGCUAAAGAUAAUGGGCAAUUCUAUUGCGCUCUUUUUGUGGCUAUUAUUGCAGGUUAAGUUUUGAUUUACGUCAUGAAUAAACAUCUAGUUUUUUGUAAUUGCAAGUGAGAUUUCUGUUUAUAUGUUGAGGGACAGCUGGCAAUUCUUAAACUAGUUGUGAAUGUUGUGCACAUGCAUCAAACUGCUUUUUGUGAAAUAUUUCCACUUGCAGUGUAAUAAUAGCAUACUGUUUGGUGCCUCAGGAACAUUCAAUGAAGCCUGAGCAUUAGUAUUUUUAUAAUGUUCAAGCAGUUUGCCAUAGUGAGUUGAAAUACUAUGCUUCCAAUGGAUUUUUUUCCCUGAAAUGUGUACACUAACAUUGGUGCAUCAGUAGUGUAUUGUAUCAUUGUUGGAUAAUACAACCAGUUAUUAUGUUCGCAGUUUAAUAGCUAUAUGAGCUAGAUUACGAGAAUGUUCCAUUUAUACAAUUGUGCAACUAUUAAGCUGUAUGGCUGAAAAUGCAACCACUAGCAGUUAGAACAUCUAAUAACAUAAAAUGCAUUGGUUUAUUUCUUCCAAAAUAACUUUAACAAAUGCUUUUCCCUGGCACCAUGUACUGUGUUGUACAAUUUGAGCAUAACUAUUUUGAACAACAUUCAUUGGUUAACAAUUAAAAAAAAAUGUAAAAACCUGUCUGUUGCACUCUCAUUCAAUAAAAUAUGGUUUCACUUUUAACAAGGGUUACUUAAGUGCAAGUGUGGAGAUGAUGCUGGGUUCGUGAUUGUUUUAAGUCAACCUAUUAAAAUGUUGAGUAAUGCUCGAGUGGUCUACCGGCAAUUGGCGUUUUCUAAAACUCCCCAAUUCUGUCAUUUUAUUUUUAAGUUGGGCAGAAAGGGUUGGAAAUUGAGAUCCCACCUAAAUACAGUGCAGUAACAAUUUUUAAAAGUUGUAAAAAAAAAAUCAUGCUAACUUGAUAAUCUUAGUAUGAUUUACCAUUCUUUACCAGACAGUUGAAAAUUGACUUGCUUUCAAGAUUACUGGAUCGUAGUCAAUAACUGACUAUCAAGGUGUUAGAAAAUGCUGGUUUACUCAGCAGAAAAAAAUCUGGGAAUGUACCUUGUUCCAUGUUUCUAUUCAAGUGUAUGGAGGUGAAAUGGAAUAUUUUCCUUUGCUUAAUUAUAAUUCAUUAAUAUGCAUAUUCAGGUGAUUCUGGGGUAAAUUACAAAACCGGUAAACGUGAAUCUGCAUUCAUGGGUUUCUGGAUAGUAAACAACCAUAACUAGUAUGUUGCAUUGUAGCUUUUGAUUUCAUCUGCAGGGGUGAUGCUUUGUUUGAGCUUUUGCAACAGUACAUCAGACUAUGAACAUUGUUCUUGCAACAGCAGUGAGGAAGUCAUAAUGGAGCUCCUAAAGUUGAGAAUGUUGAUAUUAUUAGAAAUCCUACCGAAUGGACUUAGCCAGCCAGUGAAGAUGUUCUUCUACCUAAAUUUUUCAAAGACUUAAAAAAAAAAUCCUGCUUCUGAAUUUGGUUUGGAUCUGAUAGCUCAACUGCUCCCAAUAGAAGGUGUCUACUGCAUAAAGUUUACCAAUUCUGACCCCUGCUGGAGAAUAGGAAGAAAUGAAGUAAGAGAAUGUAACUUUAUCAUGUAUUAUGGUUCAAUAAUAAACAAGUUGUGUAUAUGAAA